AUGCAGGAUGAUCUAUUCAAGGGACUUAACUGCACUGAGCAGAGCAUGGAAAUAAAUCCCAGAACGCAGACAGUAUCCGCGUGUGCGCCACAGGAUGGCUGUCUUCUGAAUAUUUUGGAGGAUUUAAACUUCUAUCGAGGCGCUUUGCAGUCCCAUCCUGAUUAUAACGCAGUUCUUGGUCCAACUGUGUUGAAGAAUAUUGACACUUUCAUGCAGGUUUCGGCGCAUCCUGAAAACAAGUUUGAGGAGAGGCUGCGCCUUUGUAAAACACUCUGGGGAUUCCGCGCGCGCAUCAUCACCAUAAACAGAAGCCUCCGAUAUAUAUUCUGUGCCAAAAAUGACUUUUAA